AUGAAAAAAGUUGCCUCCCAGUUGCGAGGCUUGUUCCAAGAAAUGAUCAGUACUCCACUAUCGGCGGUGACGCCGGAGAGAGAGCUCGCCUUUCUUGCGCUAGCUCUAUCCAAAGACGAGAGUCCGAUGAGCGUUGCGGCGACCACGACGACGAAUGCGAACCACAACUCUUCAGCGAGUACGGAUGCGACGCUUGUAGAUGACCAGCCGGUGGUACUUGGCCCGACGUUCAACGCGACGCCCUCUCCGCCUGUGCAUGUUGCCUCAGCGGGCUCGUCGACGGUGCUAGGGAAGCGGAAGAGCGAGAGCAGCGGGUCAGAUGACGGCCACUCGACCGGCCGCACCCCCAUGGAAGUCGACUCCGUCGCCGCUGCCGCUGCAGCCGUGCCCGCCGAAAAGGAGCUCGUCGGCCCCAUCCAGGACCUCGCUAUGGCCGCCUCAUCGCCCCAAGUCCCCGUCGACGAGCCCGAGCCCCCACCGCCGGCCAAGACUGCUAUCCCUGUGGUCAUCGACCUCACCGAUGAGUCCAACCCUCCUCCUCCGCUCCCGCCCCGUCCCAACUGCAGCAACAGAAGCGUGGCGGCUAUCGAGAGCGGAUCGCACAUGAUGUUCGGCCGCCAGAACGACGUCUCGGAGUGCAUGGAUAACUGUCUCUUCCAGAUCCAGGCCGCGCUCGAUCAGCAGAAAAUACGCGCGAGUGGGGAGUUUGAUGGCGAUGGAAAUCUGGUGAAAUCACUGUUUUAUGGGAAAACGAGGCAAUCGUUGAUGUGUGAAAAUCCGAAGGGGAAAGUGUCAAUCAAGGAGGAACAGUUUGCUUAUUUGCUGGUCGAUGUGGCCGAGGAAGGCCGGGAUCUCUACGACGGAUUGGAUAAAGUGUUUGAUGAGAGUGAGGUCGAGUUGGAGAAUGGGAAAGCUUGUCGGCGGGUAGGGUUAGUGGAAUUACCGCCGAUUCUGCAGAUCCAACUUCAGAGAGUGCAAUUUGAUCGAAGAACACACACGGUGUUCAAGUCGAACGCCCACCUGAAGUUUGGCCAACGUCUCCGGAUGGACCGCUACUUGGAACCCGACCCUGACGACCAAGUCGGCCAGGAGAAACGCGCCAAGACUGCUGGGCUCCGCAAAGAGAUCGAAUGUCUGCGUGGUCGGUUGGGAGAACUGACGACGAACGUGAGCGGAGAUAAGCGGACCGCCAGCACGGUCUUGCGGGACUUGCAUGGGAUCCUGUCCUCGACCGCUGACCCCAGCACGUGUCCGUCUCGAGCAGGCUCGGCACCAGCCACUCGGCUGGAGUUCUUUGAAGGCCUGCUAGGGGCCGAGGAGCUCGAGUAUCUGGAUGCCGAAGCCACGGCGAUCGACGCGGAGAUCGCGGGCAAUAAGGUGGCUGUCAAGCGGCUCAAGGCCGAGGUUGAGGAGAUGUGGAAGGUGGACGAGGAGGAGCUGGACGAGCAGCAUCCGGCCGGCCUUCCUCCCCCUCCCCCCGCUGCUGCCCCCAUGCUCCUCGACGAGCCUCCAGCCAUGAAUGCUCCUUCGGCCGGUAACCUUAAGGAUAAAGAUAAGGGCCUUGAGAAGGACGGGUGCGUCGGUACGGAGGACCACCGGCCAACCAGAGCCUCCUCUUCGUCUUCCCAAACUGCCGAAUACAUCUUAGUCGGCCUCUUCAUGCAUCGAGGGACAGCACAGGGGGGCCAUUACUGGGCCAUCCAGCGCCAGCUGCCCGACCGGAUGGACCGGUGGCUGAAGUACAACGACAGCCAGGUGAGCGAGGUGGACCCGAACGUCGAAGUCUUCACCCACCAUGACCAAGACGAGUUAGAAGAAGAAGCCGAGGGAGGAGCGUCCGCUGACCGUCGGCCCCAGACGCCCCCUGGCCCCACCUCCGACCCCCUUCCACGUAAUAAACCCGCCCCGCCCGGAUCCAAGGCUUCCAAUGCUAAUCCGUGUUGGCUCACUUACGUCAGACGCAAGGACGUCCAUCGCUUCCAGAUGCUCAAUCGCGCCGCUAACCUUCCGCCGCCCCCUCCGCUCCUCCUGUCCCGGCCCGUCGACGGGGCGUUUUUGCCCUCCUCGUCUUCCUCCUCAGCCGCUCUUCCUCUGCCUUGA